AUGGGACACCAUUCAUGCUGCAACAAACAAAAGGUUAAGAGGGGGCUAUGGUCACCUGAGGAAGAUGAAAAACUUAUCAACUACAUCUCCACCAAUGGCCUUGGUUGCUGGAGUGCUGUUCCAAGACUUGCAGGGCUGCAGAGAUGUGGCAAGAGCUGCAGACUAAGAUGGAUAAAUUACCUCAGGCCUGACUUAAAAAGAGGGAGCUUCUCUCCUCAAGAAGCAGCUCUUAUUAUUGAACUCCACAGAAUUCUAGGCAAUAGAUGGGCUCAGAUAGCUAAGCACUUGCCAGGAAGAACAGACAAUGAAGUUAAGAACUUUUGGAAUUCAAGCAUUAAAAAGAAGCUAAUCCCACAUGGUCUUUCUGAUCUAGCAACCUUUCCUAAUCUUCCCAACCCUAGUGCCUCUUAUGAAGGUUUGUACUCUCUCAAUGCAAACCCUAAUUUGAUCUCUACUACUCAAGUUCAACAGGAUCAUCAGGUAUAUAUACCCACUCCACCAUCAAUGGCACAAGUCUUCAAUCAAGGCGACAUGAUCAAGAUGGAUCAGUAUUUGAAUUACAAUGCCAAUCUUUUUCCGGUACCGCCUUCUGUCGUCCCAUCGCCAUUAGACUUAUCUUGUUAUGAUCCAACUUGGUCGUCAUUGGGUUAUCACUAUCGGCCUCAACAAUUUGAUCAUCAACAUGUUUUUAAACAAGAGGAAGACAUGUUCAUCAACAAUGAAGCUGUUGCAAAUUAUACUACAGUAGUAGACAAACUUGUUGAUCCAAAGAUGGCAACACCACUUUAUGGUGAUGAUGAUGAUGAUGAUGCAGUACUACCAAUGGGGCCUGUGAUGCCAAAGCUCUGUGAGAUCACCAAAGGGAAUGAAUGUAACAACAUUCCGUCUUCGUCAGUUUCACAAGACCAAGUGAUUGGCCCAAUUGCUUCUCUCUCAUGUUUUCCAUCUGGGUCAUACCCACAUGAUCAUCACCACGUGGUUGCCAAUCAAAUGGAGUACUUUGAUGCAAUCAUGUCCUUAUUGCCAUCAUCAUCAUCAUCAUCAAGCUCUUCAUCAUUUUCCCCACUAUCAUGCAGCCAAUUUGGUAUGAACCCUACUUUUCCUUCGAGAUGGGAUCCAUAG